GCAGCGCGGCUGCUUUGGGGCUGCUGCUCCCUGCCCGGCCCCGGCCAUGGGGCGAGGGGCGGCAGCUGGGGCCCUGCUGGUGGCACUGGUGGUGCUGGGAGCCCCCCCGGCUGCGGGCGCGGAGCUCUUGGGGGUGUUCCAAAGGAUGACAAAGUCCGAGUGUUACUUCAUUAACGGCACGGAGAAGGUGAGGUACGUCCAGAGAUCCAUCUACAACCGGGAUCAGUUCAUAAUGUUCGACAGCGACGUGGGGCACUUUGUGGGGUUCACCCCCUAUGGGGAGAAGUUGGCCAAGCGCUGGAACAGCAACGCGGUAUUCAUGGAGGACAGACGGACUGCGAUGGACUGGUUCUGCCGGUGCUGGUACAAGAAUUUUACGUUCCUCACGGAGCGCCGAGUGUCCCCCAGCGUGUCCAUCUCGCUGGUGCCCCCCUCGAGCUCCCAGCCUGGCCCCGGCCGCCUGCUCUGCUCCGUGAUGGAUUUCUACCCUGCUGCCAUCCAGGUGAGGUGGUUCCAGGGCCAGCAGGAGCUCUCGGAGCACGUGGUGGCCACCGACGUGGUCCCCAACGGGGACUGGACCUACCAGCUGCUGGUGCUGCUGGAAACGCCGCCCCGGCGCGGGCUCAGCUACAGCUGCCAGGUGGAGCACGUCAGCCUGGAGCAGCCCCUGAGGCGGCACUGGGAGAUGCCGCCGGACGCCGCCCGCAGCAAGAUGCUGACGGGCAUCGGGGGCUUCGUCUUUGGCUUCGUCUUCCUGGCGCUGGGGCUCGGCUUCUCCCUGCGCAAGAAGAGCUCCUGAGCCGGCAGCGGCCGCAGCCCCUCCCCGUGGGCUCGGG